AUGAAGUUUACUCUUUGCCUUUUGAUUGCGAGUGUCCUGCUGAUCGGCAAUGUAAGUUCUUCGUCACUUCCAUGUGGUUGCCCGGAACCGGAACCUACUACAACAUGCAGACCGCCACCAACCACACAACCACCGUGCCCAACAACACCACCACCGUGCCAAACAACCACCCCAGUGUGCCAAACAACCAAACCAACCACAACACCGCGCCCAACCACGACAACAACAACCACAACACCAUGCCCAACAACCACUAGGGCAACAACGACCAAGAGGGCAACAACGACCGAGCGGGCAACAACGACCAAGAGGGCAACAACGACCAAGAGGGCAACAACGACCAAGAGGGCAACAACGACCAAGCGGGCAACUACGACCAAGAGGGCAACAACGACCAAGAGGGCAACAACAACCAAGAGGGCAACAACGACCAAGAGGGCAACAACGACCAAGAGGGCACCAACGACCACCAAGAAGCCAGGCUGCGGUUGCAAGCCAUGCGGUCCCGGUGGAGAGCCAUGCAAGGGAUGCCCCAGUCGCGACAACCUGUGCCAGGACUUGAUAAGCAUCCUGAAGAAUCUGGAGAAGAGGAUCAAGCAGUGUGUCUGCGGAGAACCUCAGUGGAUGUUGUAA